GUGGGAGCCGGAGCCGGAGCCGGAGCGGGAGCCCGAGCUGGAGCCGCAGCCGGAGCCGGAGCCGGAGCUGGAGCUGGAGCCGGCACUGCAGCGCGCCGCGCGGAGCGAGGCAGCCAAGCCGAGUGAGCGGAGGGUCCUUCCUUGCGAGAAGUCAGAGCUGUGCACGUGGGCAGGCUGGCUCCGCUGUUCUGCUCCAAGGAUUACAUGUCCUUCAAACGCCCCUGCCCCUUAGCUCGAUACAACCGCACCAGCUACUUCUACCCCACAUUCUCAGAGAGCUCGGAGCACAGCCAUCUUCUCGUGUCUCCCGUGCUGGUGGCGAGUGCAGUCAUAGGUGUGGUCAUCAUCCUCUCUUGCAUCACCAUCAUUGUGGGCAGCAUCCGCAGGGACAGGCAGGCCCGGCUCCAGAGGCACCAUCACCGCCGCCACCGCCGCCGCCGCCGCCGUCGCCGCCGAGAAUACGAGCACGACUACGCAUCCGAUGGGCACACGUACAGCCGCUCCAGCCGUGGGAUGCGCUAUGCCUGCAGCCCUGCGGAGGACUGGCCACCCCCCUUGGACCUCAGCUCCGAUGGGGAUGUGGAUACCACAGUACUCCGGGAGCUGUACCCAGAUUCUCCACCAGGUUACGAGGAAUGUGUGGGGCCCGGCGCCACUCAGCUGUACAUCCCUACGGAUGCACCACCACCCUACUCGCUGACUGACUCCUGCCCAGCGCGGGACGGUGUCUUUGACCUGGGAAGUGGCCACAGCCCUGGCCAACACCAGCAGGCACAGAGGAUCCAGGGCCAGAGUGGCCUCCGUACCAUCUCCAUGGACACCCUGCCCCCUUAUGAGGCUGUGUGUGGGGCCAGCCCCCCAUCAGGCCUGCUGCCACUGCCAGGACCAGAACCAGGGCCAAGGAGCUCCCAGGGCUCACCUGCCUCAAUCUGGGCCCCAGCCUCCAGCCCAGAGAGGAUUGUUUGAGUAACUCAGCUGGUCAGGUCCUGUCUUCAGGCUGAGCCACAUCGUUUAGGCACAUGGGGGCACACACACACACACACACACUGAUAUGUACACACCAGUCAUGCUCACAUGCACUUCCACAUGCACACAUAUAAUUACAACUUGUACAGACACACCCAUGUGCACACACACAUCCAGACAUGCCCAUGUGCCGACAUGUGCACAAACACAGCGCCUCCCCCAACAUCCACACAAACCCAUCUGCAAAAGUUUCAUGAAAAAUGAAGCUUUCCCAACCUCCCUUCUCCUCCCCAGCCUGUUGAUUAUGCCUCUGCAGACAAGGCUGGGAGAAGAGAGGAGAAGAGACAGGGCUUGCUCCUCCCUCUCCCUGGGCCUGUCUGCCCCUGCCCUCACCUGGCAGGCUGUGCCCAAACUCCAAUUCUGCCUCCAGAAACUUCUCUACCUUUCCAGGUCAGCUGCCUGCCCUGACCCCACCCCAGGGCACCUUGUCCUCCUGGCUGGGGGGACAAGCCUAAGUGAGGUUCAGCUGCAUGCUGCACCUCUCUCUCAAUUCCAGGGCAGAAGAGCUACAUCAUCACCACCCUGCCACUUACAGGGUGAGGGACACGGGUCUGGGGGCUCAGGUACAACCUGGAGGCCCUCACAGUCCCCCCUGCCACCGCCUCCCCCCCCUGAAAACCCAGUGCCCUCAGUCUGGUGGUACUAGCGGAGUUAUCUCAGAAGCUCCCACCCCAAGCCACAGAUGAUAAACAGGAUCUUUAGUGGGUGUGCAGUGGAGGUGGUGUGGUACAGCUGUUCUUCAAGUCAGUCCAACCACUGCCCAAGACUGAGGGUCUUCCAGGAAGAUAAGGGCUGUCUGGGCAGCAUCUGUGAGGCAGAUGUGGCCUCUCACAAAGUAUGUGUCCAGCUGACCAUUAUGGCCUAAGCUUGAAUGGGCUGGAGGACAGAACCCAGUGGACAGAACAAUGUCCCAGCUGGGAAUUGUAAGCCAAUGAGUUCUGGCCCAGCCCUCCAGGGUGUUAGACAGAAACAAAAUAAAGGGGAUGUGAGCCCGGUAAAUACCACCAUGCUAUGAGAGGAUCAGUGGUCAUAUUGAAGCCUCACCACUAGGGGCGCCACAGAAGAUCUGCGGGGUUGCCUGGCUGUAGAGAGACCCAGAGCUCGGCCCAUGAAUCCCAGCAAUUUUCAACAGAGACCAUGCAGGUAACAGAGCUGAUUCCUGGAGACCCAGCCUGCCGGAGAGUGGCAGCCCAGCAUUUUGAGGCGAGUUCCCGCCAGCAUCACCAGCGGCAGGGAGUGGAGUUCUCAAGCCCACCCUGCCUCACUCCCCAUCCCUUCCCAAAACAGCACCCCCAUUCAUCCUCUCUCCCUUAUUUCAAUUCCUCCAAUGAAGGGCUAAGACAAUUCAGUAAUCCCUUUCUUAAGAAGAGGGGUGGCAAGGAUGGCAAUCGUGAAUUUUAUUUUCUGUAGAAAUAGAAUUUUCUUCUGGUGCAGAACUGAAAGGAAUCCACCCAUUGGUUCUGUAGCAUCCUGGAGCCCCUGACUCCACCUGGGGAGGGACCCUGUUUACAAGCAGUUCUGUCCACUUUUGUGGUGUACUGUUUUCUAGGCAAAAAAUAUCUGUCUGUUGUACUGUACAGCUUUUAAACGCACUCCAGGGAUGACGCUCUUAAGAAACGCAUCUUGCUUCCGCAACCCUACAGAGUGCUGGGGAAAAAAGAUAAAAAACUCCAGUACUCAUCAGUGUUUUGGGGGGAUGGAGCUGAGCAGCUUUUCUUGUUCCUGGAUUAAUCGCUGAAUAAGCAACAGUGUAUCUUUUCUGUGUUCAAAAUAAAUAUAUCAA